AUGAUCACCCGUCAAACCGGCUCCGGAAUCUGGUUCGUCAUCAACUACGGUACUGAAAUGCUGAUCGCCUCGGGUCUCUCCACCUCCAACGCCUUCAAAUACGGCAUCAUGGCCACAUGCCUCGGCUUUGUUAGCGUAAACAUAGCUUUCUUUAGCAGUUGUGGCGACAGUCGCUCCAGAGACCAAAGCGAUGCAGAGGUGCUCAGUAGGUCCUACGGCGCUAUUCAGGUGGAGGUACAAUAUGCUUGGAUUGUGGAGAAUGUGAUGAGUUUAGGGUACUUUAUUAACCCUCAGGACCUUGGAUGGGCAAGUGGUUCCUUCCAGCUCUAUAACCACGGCACAGUUCAUCGUCUUCAUUGCCGCAGUCGUCAUUUCCUCGAAGGGCGGAUGUUUCGCGGCGAGGCCUUGCACGCAGCUGGAGAAGCUCUCGUACGACCUAGCAUGAUCGGAAUGGUGGUUUUGUUAGCGCUUGCCAUUCAUGCCACCGGAAUCGAGAUUUAUCUCUAUCUCACGCCCUGUGAAGCUGCACGUGUGCGCGAUAUUUGGAGAUGCAGAGAAGUGGGCUCCGAAGGUGUGGAAGGAGAGUACCGGUGGGGUAGUGAUUAUGGCCAGGAAGCGAGGAUGAAUGACACGAGAGAGUCAGGUGAUCGAAACUUGUGCGACAAAGAAGAGAGACUGAAGUUGUGA